AACAAGGAAAUAGUGGAGAGGAGGACUGUCCCUUACGCAAACUCGGAGAGACUGCCACCCUAUCUGUUUCUUUUGCGUGAAGUAAGGGAUUGCUUAAGUGCACCCUUCAUAUGAGGAAAGGCAUGGGCAAAUAGUUUUUGCUGUUCACGCGUAAUUAUUGACUGCUUUUACACGGCUCAAGAUUGAUUCAGCAGGAUCACGUUACCAAACUCAACCUCGACCUUGUUUGAACCCAGGUGGUGGUGGUGAUAGUUGUAGUUAGUGGGGAAUGUAUUUUAGUUAGCUUUCAUUUCCUCGCCUGAAGGUUUCAAGAGGAUAGGCUCACUUCAAAGAGGAUACACCUAAAUAAGAACAAAAUCCUGAAGUGGAACAUCUCUCAAAGGAAGAGGAACUGAAAUUAAAUCAAAUAUUCAAAAUUUCUAUUACUGAGCCGCUUGGGGGGUGGUACUAUGAAACCAUCUUGGGACUUUCACAAAAAAGAUUGGCAGUUGAACGUCUGGUCUACAAUUGCAGCUGCUCCAAUUGAGAAGUGAGAGGGCAUCCUUUUUCUAUCAUUUGGACAGGGCAUACCAGGAUUUGGUCCAUCAUGUCCUUUUACCCUUCCUAUUUGUUGUGCCUUUGCCUGGGGAUUUUAUGUGUGGUGUUUGUGUCCUACUGGAACGCUGCAUGGCGUGGCGGCUUUGCAUGGGAUGGUUCAGGCAAACAGUUCAACUGGCACCCUGUUCUUAUGGUGACUGGUUUGGUGGUGCUGUAUGGUUAUGCGGCUGUGGUGUAUCGUGUGCCUCUAACCUGGGGACAAAAUAAGACUCCGUGGAAACUGCUUCAUGCUGGGACUCUUCUCCUGGCUUUGAUUCUGUCCAUUCUUGGACUUUGUGCUGUGUUUGGUAAUCACAACUCCCAAAACAUCCCCAAUGUGUAUUCGCUGCAUAGCUGGAUUGGCAUUUGCACCGUGGCUCUCUUCGCCUCUCAGUGGGUGGGUGGCUUUGCUGCCUUCUUACUGCCAUGUUCUCCAUUGGAGUUUCGCAAACUGAUCAAACCUACUCAUGUCUGGAUGGGAGGAAUCAUUCUAGUUCUGGGCAUAAUUUCCUGCAUAUCUGGUAUCAAUGAAAAAUUAUUCUUUGCUCUAAAAGGAAAUGGGAAUGGAACACAGCCUUACAAGAACUUGCCACCAGAGGCCCUCUUUGCUAACUUUCUUGGAGUUCUUAUUGUUGCAUUUGGAUUAGUGGUGUUGUACAUCCUGUCUAACCAAAAUUGGCAACGACCAGAGCCCACAAGAUGUAGAAGGCUAUAGGCCAUUGCAACAUGAAGAAAGUUGAUGGGCACAGAACCACAGUUACCACAGCAACAUGAAGAAAGUUGAUGGGCACAGAACCACAGUUACCACAGCAAUGUAAAGAGAGAAUGAAGACAUUCAUCUGCAUGGUGAAAGAAACAUAUAUGCUAGCCAAUGCAUAUAAUGUUUUGAAGUAAUUUAUUUACAAUUUAUUUUUUGCAAACUCAUUGCGGAAAUUUUUAAUAAAUGUUAUGCUUGUAUA